GAUGCUCGGAACAUGGCGAUCAGCUGGUACCGGGACGGCCGAUCGGUGCUGGUGCACGAGUACAGGGACUCUCAGGACCGCACGGAGCAGCAGAGUCUUGAGUACCAGGGGAGGACGCAGCUCCUGAGGGAGAGCAUCACCCAAGGCAAGGUGGCCCUGAGGAUCCAUCCCGUCAUCCCUGGAGAUGAAGGAGACUACAGCUGCGUCUUUGUAACACCCACAGAGCUCGGCCACGCACAGUUUGAGCUGCGUGUCUCAGCCUCAGGGACACCUCCCCUCAUCUACGUGGAGCCUGCACACACGGGGAGCAUUACGCUGACCUGCUCAUCCUCAGGGUGGUACCCGGACCCUGAGCUCCAGUGGAGGGACCCACACAGACGGCACCUGUCACCUGACUCGAGGAAGGUGUCCUUAGGAGUAGAUGGCCUGGUCCACGUGGAGAGCUCUGUGACGGUGGAGGAGAGCUCAAGGGCGGAGGUGUCCUGCUCCAUCAGGAACCCGGUGCUCGGAGAGGAGAAGGAGGUGUGGCUCGCAGUGGCAGAGUCCCUGUUCCCGCGGGUCAGCGCCUGGACGGUGGCGCUGGCUGUGCUGCUGGUGCUGCUGGCCGUCGCCUUGGUGACCACUGCUGUCCUUCUCCUGAGAUCCAGGAGAGCCCGAGAGGAAAGCAUGAGAAGUCUGAGGGAAGCUCGUUGGUUUGCAGCCUCAGGUGCACCCCCUCUCAUCCAUGUUCAGCCCGCGCACACGGGGAGCAUUACGCUGACCUGCUCCUCCUCGGGCUGGUACCCGGACCCUGAGCUCCAGUGGAGGGAACCACGAGGACGGCUUCUUUUACCUGAAUCUAAGAGGCAGUCCAUAGGAGAAGAUGGACUGAUCCGCGUGGAGAGCACUGUGACGGUGGACGAAAGCUCAAAGGCAGGUGUGUUCUGCUUGGUCAGGAACCCGGUGCUCAGAGAGGAGAAGGAGGCGCGGCUCUCCAUGGCAGAGGCCCUGUUCCCGCGGGUCAGCGCCUGGACGGUGGCGCUGGCUGUGCUGCUGGUGCUGCUGGCCGUCGCCUUGGUGACCACUGCUGUCCUUCUCCUGAGAUCCAGGAGAGCCCGAGGUCUGCUGCCAGCAGCUGGCAUCCUGGGGUGGAAGAAGGCUCAGGUGCAGAGUAAGACGUUGUCUGGCCCUGCUCACCUGCGCAGCAUUUGA